AUGGCGGCAUCCGGCAGCAGCAGGAAGAAAGCUGGGGAGCUGCUGAAGACUCUGCCCCGAGUGUCUCUGGACAACCUGAGACCCAACCCCGGAGCCAGGAAAACAGAAAAACAACGAGGUCGUGGCAGACAUGGUGGUGGAAAAAGUGGUAGAGGCCACAAAGGAGAGACACAGAGAGGAACUAAACCUCGUCUAGGGUUUGAAGGCGGGCAGACUCCUUUCUACUUGAUUAUCCCAAAGUAUGGAUUCAACGAGGGACACAGCAAUCGACGACAGUAUCAGCCGCUAAGCCUAAAGAAGCUCCAGUACCUCAUUGACCUUGGAAGGGUCGAUACCUCACUACCAAUUGACUUAACUCAGCUGGUCAAUGCUAGGAGGAGUGACCAUCCAGCCACUGAAAAGGGAUUAUGGUGUACAGUUGGUGGAAGAGGGGGCUGAUUUGUUUUGUGCAAGAGUUAACAUUGAAGUCCAGUGGGCAUCAGAGUUGGCAGUUGCAGCCAUAGAAAAAAAUGGUGGCAUUAUAACGACUGGUUUUUAUGAUCCACGUAGCCUUGAGGUUCUGUGUAAACCAAUUCCAUUUUUCAUGCAUGGUAAACCUAUUCCCAAACGAAUGCUUCCACCAGAGGAUUUGGUGAAAUAUUAUACCAGUGCUGGAAAACGUGGCUACUUAGCAGAUCCCAUAAAGGUUGAUGAAGCAAGGAAGCAACUUGCUCAGAAAUAUGGCUACAUCCUUCCUGACAUUACCAAGGAUGAACUGUAUGAAAUGUUGAGCCAGCGUAAGGAUCCCCGGCAGAUAUUCUUUGGCCUUGCUCCAGGUUGGGUGGUCAACAUGGCUGAAAAAAAGAUCUUGAAGCCUACAGAUGAGCGAUUACUAGCAUAUUACAGUUCUUGA